AUGGCAGGGAGGAAUGAUGUUGCUCUUGCUGAUGCUAUGCAAGCUAUGGCGCAGACAGUAGAGAACAUUACUCAAGGCGCUGGGAAUGCACAGUUCCAUGACUUGGAACAGUUUCGGAGCAAUAAGCCGCCUACGUAUGAGGGAGGUAUCCUAGAUCUUGAGGCUGCACAGAAAUGGCUGAAAGCUGUUGAAAAGAUCUUUAGGACCAUGGGGUGCAGUGAUGCUCAGAAGGUAGCUUUUGGUACUCAUAUGCUGGAAGGAGAGGAUGAAGCCUGGUGGGAUAACAGUCGUCAGAGGUUGGAAACUGCAGGUACAGAAUACAUUCGCAGUGCAAAGGAGGUCAAAUUUUUGGAGCUGAAACAGGGUAGCCUGACUGUUGCUAAGUAUGCUGCACGAUUUGAAGAGUUAGUACAGUAUUAUGCCCAUUACAAUACUGAAGAGGCUAUGACUUCAAAGUGCUUGAAGUUUGAGAACGGGGCUAGGAUUGCUCACUACAAGGCUGCGAAUGAGCGAAAGGGUAAGCAGAGGUUUGGAGGUACACCUUAUAGUGCUCCAGCUGACAAGGGAAAACUGAAAGCUUCUGUAAGUAAUAACCCAAGUGGGGGAGGGGCAAUUCCCAAUCCUACGAAGUGCUUCAGAUGUGGGGGUACGGGUCACCGUGCUAAUGAUUGUACAGUUGAGGCGAAGAAAUGCUUUAAGUGCGGAAGACCAGGACAUGUUAUAGCUGAUUGCAGGUCCACUAUGCCUACCUGUUAUAACUGUGGAGAAAAGGGUCAUAUCAGCACUCACUGUGAAAAGCCGAAGAAGUCGUAG